AUGUCAGCACAAGACUACUACGGCGGCACCCGCCAAAACACCCACACCCCAGGAGGCGGCUCCUCCUCCCGCCACCUCUCCGCGGGCCCCCUCAUAGACAGCGCAGGCUACCGCCCCCGCUCCGCAAACUCAGAACGCCCUCACUCCUCCUUCUCCUCCCUCGGCCUCCCGGGCUCCUCCUCCCACCACCGCUCCCGAUCCUCCGGUCCACCAGGCUACGACGCCCAACUCGGCACAGGCCAAGAAGGCGAACGCGGCCUCGUCUCCACUAUCGGCGGCGGCGCGGCAGGAGGGUACGCAGGAAAGAAGUUCCUCGGCGGGAAACUCGGCGCGGUGGCGGGUGCUCUGGGCGGCGCCGUGGUCGCGAAUAAGCUGGAGCACAGGUUGAGCGGGAGUCAUCACUCCAGCAGCCACGGUCAUGGACACCACGGGCAUCACGGACACCACCACCCGCCGCCUCCUCCGCCCCCGCCUCCCCAUCACUACGGAGGUCAUCACCACCACCAUCACGGCGGACCUCCCCCGCCACCCUACGGAGGCCACCACUACGGUCCGCCGCACCACGGCGGAAGCCACCACUCUUCCGGUGGCUUCGGCGGUCUGGUCGGUUCGUUGAUGGGACGUGAGAAGCAUGGACACCACGGCGGGCCUCCUCAUCACGGGGGUGGUCACCACGGUCACCACGGACAUCAUGGCCACCACGGAGGCUGGUAG